CUGUGAGAGUACGGAUUAAGUAUAAUGAAAUUCCAUUAAUAUUCGAAAGCCGUAUUUGUUUAGGGAAUUUUUUGGGAUUGUGAAGGACAUUUUGGUCAAAAGACAAACGAAAUUGUUAAAAAUUAAAGGAUUAAUGUAUUUUUCUGCUUGAGAACCCAUCGGAAAACUCUAAAUCUCAGAGCCCCACCGACGAGUAAGAAGAAGAAAACGAAGAGACAAAGAUAUGGGUAUUUUGCACGACGAUGUGGUGCUUGUGAGGCCGUCGGAGAAAGACGAUGAGCCUACCGUCAUCACUGUCAAUUGUCCCGACAAAACCGGGUUGGGCUGCGACUUGUGCCGCAUAAUUCUCUUCUUUGGUCUUAACAUUGUCAGAGGCGAUGUUACGACCGAUGGUAAAUGGUGCUACAUAGUGUUUUGGGUGACUGGAAAUUCGACGACGAGGUGGGGAUUAUUGAAACAGAGGCUGGUGGAGGUUUGCCCUUCUUGUUCUUCAGCUUCUAUGCUUUCUUAUUUCCGCCCGGAACCGCAGUCCUCAAAGCCCCCCGAUAUGUUUCUUUUGAAAUUUUGUUGCCAUGACCGAAGAGGGCUUUUACACGAUGUAACAUGGGUUCUUUGCGAGCUUGAGCUUCUUAUAGAGAAAGUGAAAGUGUCGACCACCCCAGAUGGAAAAGUGAUGGACUUGUUUUUCAUCAUCGACACCAGGGAGCUUAUGCACACAUCAAAGAGACAGCGUGACACAUGUGACCACUUGAAACAUGUCUUGGGGGAUGCAAUGAUAAGUUGUGAAAUAGAGAUGAUUGACGCUGGAGUUAUGUCAUGCUCACAAGCAUCGUCUCUUCCAUCUGAAAUAGCUGAAGAAUCAUGUAGCUUGGAGUUGAAUGAAAAGUCACCUAGCAGAUCAUUAGCUUCUAAAGAUGUAUCUGUUACAUUGGACAAUUCGCUCAGUCCUUCUCAUACCCUAGUUCAAAUUGUCUGUCAAGAUCACAAAGGUCUUAUUUACGACAUUAUGAGAACUCUCAAGGAUUACAACAUUCAGAUUUCGUAUGGACGCUUUAAUAAGAAGCAGAGAAGAACCUGUGAGAUUGACUUGUUUAUCAUGCAAGCGGAUGGAAAGAAGAUUUUAGACCAAAGUAAGCAGAAUGCAUUGUCAACUCGCUUACAGAUGGAACUGAUUCGUCCCCUCAGAGUAGCUGUUUUGAGCAGAGGUCCCGACACAGAGCUCUUUGUAGCAAACCCCACUGAGUUAUCUGGCAAGGGUCGGCCUCUUGUGUUCUAUGACAUCACUCUUGCUUUGAAAUUGCUCGACAUUGGUAUUUUUUUGAAAUCAGACGCCAUUUGAUCGGAGACCGAGAAUGGGAAGUGUACAGAGUCAUGCUUGAUGAAGGAGCUGGGUCUUCGGUUCCGAGAAGCAAGAUCGAGGAAGGAGUCCGGAAGAUGUUGAUGGGAUGGGCGUAGUACAAAAUUUCUUAAGUGGAAAGAAUAUUUUAGUUAGCUAUAUAUAUAGCUUGCUCUUCCAGGUUAAAAUGGGUUGCUCCUCCUUAUCUUAUUGAUGCAUGUAACAUGUUUGUAUUCUAAAGGGAUAGAAUCGUGUGAAUUAUAUGAUGUAAAGGUUGAUAUUUUCAAGUCUUUUGAUAAACAACUUGCCUUGAGAGUUCUAUUGGUCUCAAUUUUAUACAGAGCACCUGUUACCAUUUUGAAAAGAAAUAUGAUAGGAAUAAGUUGUUGCUAA